AACACGGCAGCGGAUGUAGCAGCAGCAGCGGUCUACAGUACACUGGCAACCAUGUAGCGUUGAGAGCAAAAAAAAAGAAAUUAACAACCUUCUCCAGUAGCAGCUAACUGUAAAAUGUGCCCAUCUUCACUCAUGUCGCAUGAAAGUUAACCGUGCGUAAAAAAAAAAUGUGUUUCUGAAGAAAACCGGACGCUCGGGAACAGGAAUUACAAAGGCGAGGGAAGUCGACAGUGAAACCGAAGCCUGUAAAUACAGAGGCUCUAUCUGCACCCUCGCCCGGAGGUUUGGAAGGAAAGGGGGGCAAGUCGGGCUGCUCUUCUCGUCUAUCCGCCCGUUUCUUUCUUUCUUUUUCCUCUUCUUUCUUUUUAAUGGCUCCACUCGGGCAGCCCAGCGCGUUUUAGGACGGGAGAGAAGAAGGGCGUGUGACGCUAACGGAUACCGGGGCCAGCUCGCCUGCUUGUCCGCGUUACCGCCCCGUUCUCCCUCUUUCACUGAACAUUACGGUAAAAAGAAAAUAAGGGUUCUCGCUGAAAAAAAACAAACAACAGCAACAACAGCAUCUUGCAACAUGGGGAACACGACCUCCUGCUGCGUGUCGUCGAGCCCCAAGCACCGGAGGAGCAACCACUCCAGGCUGGAGCCCUACCGGCCGGAGCCGGAGCUGAGCCGCGAAGACACGGGCUGCAACCUCCAGCACAUCAGCGACAGAGAGAACCUGGACGAUCUUCCCAUGGAGUACAAUCCAUCAGAUCAUCCUCGGGCCAGCACCAUCUUCCUCAGCAAGUCACAAACUGAUGUUGCUGUGCCCAACAAGAGAGUUCGAGAAAAACGGAAGAGCCUUUACAUCAACCAUUUUACGCACAUUUCGGAGAACAAGCAUUACCCAGGCCCAGUGAGACGGAAGUACAGCUCAUGUUCCACAAUAUUCCUUGAUGACAGCACCGUCAGUCAACCCAACCUCAAAUACACCAUUAAAUGCGUAGCCCUUGCAAUAUACUACCAUAUAAAGAACAGAGAUGUCGACGGAAGAAUGUUGUUAGACAUAUUCGAUGAGAAACUGCACCCGCUCUCGAAGUCUGAGAUUCCUGCUGAUUAUGACAAGCAUGAUCCUGAACAGAAGCAGAUCUACCGCUUCGUCAGGACGCUGUUCAGCGCCGCACAGCUCACUGCUGAGUGUGCCAUCGUCACUUUGGUGUAUUUGGAGAGGCUUCUGACGUACGCCGAGAUCGACAUCUGUCCUGCCAACUGGAAGCGGAUCGUGUUGGGAGCCAUCCUCCUGGCUUCCAAGGUCUGGGACGACCAGGCGGUCUGGAACGUAGACUACUGCCAAAUUCUCAAGGAUAUCACUGUGGAGGACAUGAAUGAGCUGGAGCGUCAGUUCCUGGAGCUGCUGCAGUUCAACAUCAACGUGCCGUCCAGCGUCUAUGCCAAGUAUUACUUUGACCUGCGCUCCCUGGCCGAGGCCAACAACCUCAGCUUCCCCCUGGAGCCCCUCAGCAGGGAGAAGGCCCAGAAACUAGAGGCCAUCUCACGGUUGUGCGAUGACAAGUACAAGGACUUGAAGAAACAAGCCAAGAAGCGGUCGGUGAGCGCGGACAACCUGACAGUGGUGCGGUGGUGUCCAGCCAUCAUUUCCUAACACUGGCUGCCUCCAGAGGAAUAUAUAGACCUGUACUGUAUUUCUGCCUGGUGAGACCAGGUGGGCAGCAGUGGAUCUGUCUGGAAUACACACACACACACACACGCACACACACACACACACACAUACACACAUAGACACACACUUUCAGGCACGUUUUCAAGUGUGAUUGCACCCUCUCUGGUUGUUGUACAUAAAAGAAGUCCCACUGGCUGCCUGCACUGAACCAAACAGAGCUGCUGAGCUGAACCAAACUGAAGUGUGUGAGUGAAAGUUGCUGGAAUGGAGACCUUGACUGCGGAAGGGAGCGCAGCCAAAAAGGAAAUGGCGAAAUUGAGACUGUGUGAAGUCGGGGAAUGAAAAAUAGGAACAAGGUUAAAUAGCAAAAUACACGACAUAAGAGCAGCAACAGCAGCGUUCCAUAAUUCCCUGUGAGGCACAGCCGGCACGUACAGCUGAUUGAGAGGAGGCCAUGUACAUUCCUUUAAUUCUAAUCUUCUGGUUCAGCGAGUUCCUUUGCUGGAGCAUGAGAUAAAUCUUUUGACAGCUUAUAGGCACAUUGCAAAUUUCAAAUCCUCAGUGUGUUUUGUUGGCGUUUGUUCUUUUGUAUUCCCAUCACGCAGAAGCCUCUGCUCACAGAUUCAAACAUUCACAAAGGAAGGACGCGUACAUUCCUCUGUUAACUUGAGUGUAGAGUAAAUGUAGUUGACUGGACUACAUAUCAUUGCGGCCGUACAACUGGAGUUCUCAUCCACAGACACACAAGUUUUUAGACAAGAAAUGGGAAUUCCAACUUAAAAACACACAGCGUGGCCACCCAGCCACCAUUCAGAUGAAGCAAUAUCCAUGCAUCGGUUCGUUGUCGCGAUUAAGAAACAAAGACACAAUGAAGCAUGCAUACUUGGGAGAAGAUUGACUGAAAGACAGAUAAUACUGUAGAGCUUCUGUUAUACUUUAUUCACUGCCAUUGUCCUGACCUGUGGUGCCUGUAAUAAGCUAGUUUAACAGUUCUCCCCUUUCUACCGGAGGAACAGAUCAAAUAACUGAAGUAUUUUAUUUUAUUUGUCCUUUAACAUUUUGUACGGAUCUUCCAGCUGAUAAAGAAACAGCACAAAUGGAAAUAUUAUGAUUGGGAAGCCACUAAAAGCAUGAUGAGUUGUUUUUCCCUUUGCUGGUCCAUAGACUGGACCAAUAUGAAAGGAAAAGAAGUGAUGAUUGAAACACUGCUUACAAAAUGAUAGAUUGUAUAAAUUUUGCAAAAUUUUCUUUGUACAGUGUAAAUACAGCGGCAGUGUGCAAAAUCUGUUAAAAACACACACACACAAAAAAAAACAGAAUGAUGUUAUUUAUAUUGGAUCAGUUUUUACUGUGUUGGGGGGUAAAUAUGUCUGCUUCUUUGUUCCUAUGACAAAUCAAGUAAAGAGAAAGGUGAAGUAUUAACAUUUAAAUGGGAGACACCACUUUUUGUCUGUUUUCUUGUCAAAGUUUUGCGCUGUAGAAAAUGCCAAUUUUUUUAUGUCUUGCAUACUGUACAUGGUAUAUGGAUAAAAUAAUUCAAACUCAUUUUAUGAUUUUUUUUUUUUUUUUUUUUUUUUUAAGAUUUUCUAACCCCAGUCUGUGGUAGCAUUAUCUGAUUCAUGUUUUUGAUCUAAGUAAUGAUGGUAGUUUUAUAUGGCGUCAUAAAACCGACAAAAGUGCAGGAGACGGGUCAAAAUAUGAAUGCAUCAAUAAAUAAUAGUUUGAUUAGUUCAUGAAAUAAGAAAUAACUUCAGCUGUUUCAAUGUCUUACUUUGCACCAAUCUGUGCAACGUUUACUUUUCCUCAUGCUAACUUUGCUAGUUGGCUUUGUUAGCUUGCAGUCAAAAAUGCUUUAGCCACUUUUUGGCUACUGUUACAAGAGUUUAUCCAGUAUACUGUUAAAUAUAAGGAUGACUAAUGUUACAUGCACUGGCUGUUGGGCUUUUAUUUUAGUCUUAAUGCAGAUGUUAGCAUCACUCAGCUAUGGAGCUAAAGGCCGCAAGUAAGCUAGUUACUCACAGUCCUCUCAAACUUGAAGACACACAAACCCCGAAUAGAAAGGAAAUAAUAAAGAGAUUUAAUCAAAAAUGUCUUUAGCCAUAGAUUGGCUGGUUGGUGUGAAAAAUAUAAUAUGAAAAGCUUUUUGGUUUGCCAGUAACUGGUGUUUUGAGAAAAAAAGUUACAAUACAAUAUUAUUUACUGAUGUAUUCGGUUAAACAUUUGACUUAUGCGAGAGCCUUUCGCUGCAUUUGGUCAGUUUUGGACCUCAUUAACAGUGUUCUACAUGAACAAUUCACAUUCCUGAUUUGCGUAUUUUUCUUGAGCUGGAGAUGUAGUUGAAGUUAAAGUCUUCAAACUUUAAUUGAUUUAAGUCAUUCAAGUCAAAUUCGGUUACGGGAAGUUAACAUUAACUUUACAACAGUGGUUGUUUGCCUUACAAUCAUCUCUAGACUGUUUCUUUCGCGUGGGCCUAAAAAUACCACGGCCUGGAACCUCGAAGCUUUUUUUAAUAAAAUAAAAAUGUGAGAAAAAAAAAGGUGAAGUUUCAAAAUUCUCAGUCUCUAGGUUCAUUUAUGCAUUUCAUUGGCAACUCCCCCAACUGUGAUGUAAGUUUUGUUGCUUGUCAAGCUCUUAGAGAACCAGUCAGGCCUGACCUGCAGGUUGUGAGACGGGACAGAACUGUACCAAAGUCGUGGAGAAAUGAAGGACCAUCCUGUUGUUGCUCUGGCCCAGCCCGUUUGCACAUUGAAGUACACGACAAAAACAAGGUGUCUGGUCUUAGAAAGAAGAAGAAAAAGUGCUUAUUUGGGCUUUGAACGAGUGGAACAUAAUUUUAAAAAAGUGUUUAACGUGUCUUUAGGGAAGUGACGUUACUGGAGUUGCUGUUGUGAGUUCAAACUGUUAGAGGUAUUCAAAGAUUGUAUAUCCUAUUUAUUGUAUGUGUGUGUGUGCGCAUACAGCCCAGCCAGGUGUUGUCUACACCCAGAGAUAAGACGUGUGGUCAGCUGUGAGUCCCGAGGUAGAAAAUGUACUACUCUGACAGCCCUCGUGGCGUCCUGUCAGCUCGGCGUGCGUCACAGCCUUGUGCACUGAACUCUACCUCUGCAUAGAGUUUUACCUUUUUCUUAAUGUUCCUUCCUUCCUCGCUACGAUGACAAUUUUUUUGGAUUUGACAUAUUCAGCCUUGAUCAUGACGGUUCCCACGCUAACGUCAGUCAACUGCUGUAGCUGUGAACUUUUCUUUUUCCUUUAGCCCCCCCUCCAUCGUCAUUGAUGGAUAUUUCAAACCAGUCGUACUGUAUUCUGUUAUUGUCAGCGUAUUAUUUUCCUCUCCAAUUAAUCUGUCAUUUGUUCCUGUUCUCAGUUUGCCAAACUCUUCUUCUCUGUAUGUUGUCGACUAUGAUUUUAAGACAUGCUCCCAUUUUUCUUCUGAAGCAAUGUUUAGGGGAAAAAAAUGAAAAUAGAUCUGUGCAAGAAUAAACUUUAAAACCUUGCAAUAAA